AUGUCUAACCUAGCAGAAUAUUUCGCAAAACAUGCAUCAAAAAAUAAUAUCGAAGAACUUGAGGAUAUGGGACCCUCCGUUUCUAUGGCAGUGGAAGCGGAAAAUGAUGAAGAUUUCAAGAAAUCAACUUUUAGUUUGAAAAGAACAAGAUCAAUGGGUAGAUUAGGCCGACACUCAAGUUCUGCAAGAAAAGCAUUGAAUAGGAAGAAAAUAGACGAACAAUUAGACGAACAAUUAGACGAAUAUUAUGACGAUGCCAACGGGAAUUUAUAUUCCGAUGCUGACUCUGAUUAUAUCGAUGAAGAUAAGUUGCAUUCUGCCUCCGUUUCCCCACCGCCUGCUGAUAAUGACAACAUAUUAAUACCACAAGACGAUAAUGAUGUAGUUAGAGAACCAGAGACACACGUAGACUACCUUUCGCAUCAGUGGAAUGAAUCGGACAUUUCAAACUCUUGGAAAUAUAUCAUUUUGAAAAAGAAGAAAAGAGACAUUGAUUUAAUCAACUCUGCCCGUCUGGAAAAUGCAUCUUGGAGAACAUGGGCCAAAGCAAGAAAUCAUCUAAGGACCGUGUCACCAGAGAUUUUAAAUUGGUCAAAAGAUUCUGAUGUCACAUGGCUUUAUGGUCCUAUUGUUAAUAAUAAUCAUGAAAACGCUGCCGAAGGAAAUGGUAACAAUGACGAUGGUUCAAACAGUUGUAUUGACAUUUCGAGAGGUUACGGAUCGGAUGAUGAAAACUCGAAACGUUUAUCCAUUAAGAAAAAGAAUACUAAACGUACAAGAGAGCCACCAAAGCCAAUUUUAAAGAAAAGAUCGGUAACAGAAAUUAUAGAAGAAAAUGCGCAAUGGAAGUUAAACGAAGCAAGAAAACAUUUCAAUGAAAUGAGGCAUUCAAAUGUCAUUAUGGAUCCGAACUCGACAAAAGACCUUCACGACGAUUAUGAUGCACUUGCCGCUAAAGUUAAUGCCCAGUAUUACUAUAGAACUCCUCAGAAAUCAAACAGCACAACAAAUUUGAAUCACAAAUACCAAACUAUAAUCCCACCAUCUAAUAAUGUUGAUAUACGUGACACUGUUUCUGAUGAAAUACCGAAAAGUAUAAAACAUGAUCAUAUAAUGGAAAGUAUUAAUAAUAAAAGUCUUAUAACAAAUGGAGAAGAGAAUAAUAUAUCUUUGCCAGGGCAAUCAGAAGACUUUCUUUUAGAUGCUGUACAAAUAACUCCGCCACAAAAGUAUAAAUCAUCUCCGCCUUCCUCCUCUAUUCCCUCUCUUAAGCAAAAUGAUCAUGAAUUAAAAAAUCUAUCGUCGAUACUUACAACGUCGACUAAUACCACAUCCAAUCCAAACAGGAAUAGACAUAUUCAUUUCAAUGAUCGUGUAGAACAAUGUGAAGCAUUACGAUAUCCGACGUAUAAUUCUACGGAAGAGGAGUUCAGCGAUUAUCCCGAAGAUGCAAGCAAUGAUGAAGAAACGAUUACUGAAGAAGCAGAUCUAUCUUCUACGGGACCAAUUCAAAAUGGUUCUACAGCUGUUGCUAAACCAAAACUAGCAAGAAUAUACACGGGGUCAAAUAGCAGACAUUCCACCGGAUUUCUCCUUAACAGAGAUGAUUCAAAUGAUUCAGAUAGCAGUUCAGGUGAAGAAGAAGAAGAUGAUGACGAAGAAGAUGACGAGUAUGGAGGUGGACUUUUUAUAAAUGCUCGAUAUUCCAGAAAAUCUGAAAACGGAAUACAUUCUCCAGUGACUGACAAUUCCUCUAUAAAUUCCACUCAAUCAAGAUCUGUCAUACGCCCUAUUAUCAAAUUACUUCCAGCCACAACAUUAAACUAUGGUUCUGAUGAAGAAUCAGAUAGCAGUUCGUUUAGUGGAUAUGGGAACGCUGUGUCACAUAAUGUUAAUACGUCCAGAGGGUAUGAUUAUAUCUAUGAUUAUAAUUCAGUUUACACAGGAGACACAUCAAGUUUUUUACCCGUCGAACAUUGUGAUAUCGUCGAUGUACCAGAGGGAUUUGAUUUAAAUACAUCUAUUGCAGACGAUGCUGCUUCCAGCUAUGGAUUUAGUCAUGCAACAAAAAGUAAUAAACCAGAAGGAAGUAAAGAUGCGGGAAAAGUCAACGUCGUCAAAAGACCGAGGUCCGGGUUUAUAUUUGACGAUGAAGAAGAUGAUGAUGAUGAAGAGAAGGAAGAUGAAGGAAAUGUCGUAAAUGACAGUUCCUCAGAUGAUGUCGCUAAUGAACAAUUUAUUGAAGAUUCCACCUAUCAUAGUAGCGAUAGCGAAAGCGAAAGCGACGAUGAAGAUAAUGCCAAAGAAAACCAAGCUGAACAACAAGAUGAAGAUGGAUUAUCAUUACGAAGAACCGUAUCAUUAGGAAAAUCAACUGAGUCACUGAAAGAUUUAGCACAUAUGUUUUCGUCAACUUCUUUAGAGCCACCUAAGACAAGCUUUAUUACUGGCCAACCUUUUCAACCGUCCCCACCUCAACAUGUGAUUACAGCAACGAACAAAAUACCGCUGCUGAAAGCGAAGGCUCCCAAUAAUAACUCAGCAAGGAUAAGGCCAUCAAUUAAACGUAACCCUUCCUCAACGAGCUUUAUAUUUGAUUCAGAUAGUGAAGACGAUUCUGAAGAGGACUCUUCGUUAUUAAAUACAAACAAGAUAUAA